UUCUCUUUUGGACACAAAAGGAGAGGAGAGGAGAGAGAGAGGAGAAGGGGCCUUUUAUUGUAGUAGUCAUAUUUUCACAUUUUGGUAUUUCAAAGUUCAACCUUCUCUCUAUCUUCUUCCUUUUCUCUCUCUUUCUCUCUACCAUUGAAGAAAAACUUUCAGGUGUUUGAGGAAAGAGGAGGAGAGUUAGUAAAAAACUCUUAAAAAUUUGUGGGUAAGCGGUGGUUUUUUGUGCUCUUGGGCGAAGCAGAGAUGAAUGUCAUGCGUCGCCUUAAGAGCAUUGCUUCUGGACGUUCCUCCGUUUCAGAUCCUGGUGGCGAUUCAAGCAUAAAGAGGGUGAAGGUUGAGCAAGAAGUAGAUCAAAGGGUGGUUGGUGAAACUCAAAUGGAAGAGAGAUGUACAACUAUAGUUCCAAAAGAGGAUAUGGCUUCUACUUCUAAGGGCACAACUACUGGAAGCACAUCAACUAUGGAUACUAGACCAGAAAAUUCGGAGUUUGAUGAGCUUCCUAAAGAAAUGCAUGAAAUGAAAAUUAAAGACGAAAAAGCUGAUAGUCAUGAGGAUAAUUUAAAGGAUAUGGAACCUGCUGUUGUUAGUGGUAAUGGAACGGAAACUGGUCAGAUAAUUGUGACUACUGUGAGUGGUCGAAAUGGACAACAGAAACAGACAUUGUCUUACAUGGCGGAGCGCGUGGUUGGUACUGGUUCAUUUGGAACUGUAUUUCAGGCGAAGUGCUUGGAAACUGGUGAAUCUGUUGCUAUAAAGAAAGUCUUACAAGAUAGGAGAUAUAAGAACAGAGAACUUCAGAUUAUGCGCACGCUUGAUCAUCCUAAUGUUGUUAAACUAAGACACUGCUUCUAUUCUACUACUGAAAAGAAUGAAGUCUACCUUAACCUUGUCCUUGAAUAUGUUUCUGAAACUGUUUACCGAGUUUCAAGGCACUACAGCAGAAUGAACCAACACAUGCCCAUUAUAUAUGUGCAGCUAUACACAUACCAGAUAUGUCGGGCUUUGAAUUACAUGCAUGGUGUUCUUGGUGUAUGCCAUCGUGAUAUUAAACCACAGAAUCUUUUGGUUAAUCCCCACACACAUCAGCUAAAGCUCUGUGAUUUUGGGAGUGCAAAGAUGUUGGUGCCUGGAGAGCCCAACAUAUCAUACAUUUGUUCUCGUUAUUAUAGGGCCCCUGAAUUGAUCUUUGGGGCUACGGAGUACACAACUGCAAUUGACAUGUGGUCUGCUGGUUGUGUUAUGGCUGAGCUACUUCUGGGACAGCCUCUUUUCCCCGGAGAAAGUGGUGUUGAUCAGCUGGUGGAAAUCAUCAAGAUUUUGGGGACACCAACUAGAGAGGAGAUUAGGUGCAUGAAUCCAAACUACACAGAGUUCAAGUUUCCCCAGAUCAAAGCUCACCCGUGGCACAAGAUAUUUCAUAAAAGAAUGCCUCCUGAAGCAGUAGAUCUUGUAUCAAGGCUUCUUCAAUAUUCUCCAACUCUACGUUGUACUGCUUUGGAGGCAUGUGCACACCCUUUCUUUGAUCCUUUAAGGGAACCAAAUGCUUGCUUGCCAAAUGGGCGACCUCUGCCACCUCUUUUCAACUUUACUGCUCAAGGUGACCUUCAAUUUGGUUUUUCACUUAUGCUAUCACAUGAUUUGAUGCCUCAAUCUGACUAUUGUAAUUCUCAUGCAGAGCUCUCUG